ACGCCGUUACGUCUUAACGAAUCGAUAAAGAAUAAAACGUUCUAAAAGUAGACGCAAAGAUCUAACGGAAAAUAUCAAGAAAAACGUAUCGAAACGUAUAAACGAGAAAAGAGAAAGUAAAAAACUAAAAGACCGAGAAAAAACGUACGAAAGACAGGCAGGCAGGCAGGUAGACAGGCAAUAGCCGGUCGAAAGCGAGGGAAAGAAAGGGGGAGAGAGAGAGAGAGAGAGAGAGAGAGACGAAGGAAACACUAACGAAAGGAGCGUAAACGGAGCGAAAGGAGGAGGAGGAGAAGGACGAAGAAAAAUGUUUUGAAAAGUUUCGAGAGCGAAGAGAGACUCGGUGCUGUAGGAUCUUUGUAUUUUCGUGAAACGAAACGGACGGAACAGAGCGAAAAGAUCGCGUCCGUUUCGAAGAUAUCGUGACGAAACGGUGUGCGAUCGCGGCAGAAAAAUCUGCUAAAACUCUGUCGUAUAAGACGAAUCGCAAAAGGGGCGAUCGCGUGGAGAGAUCGGCAGUUACGAGAAAAUGGCCCUGCGCUUUUCCACGGCCUGCGUUUCGAUGAAUUGCCUGUUGAAUGCUGUUUUCCUCGCGUUCCUCGUCGUUCUUCGAUGUCACGCUAGCGCUGACAAGACAGGCAUCUCGAAACCUCCUCCGUGUCCAAGAAGUGGUAAACGAUCCAGCGCUAUGUGCCCGGAGAAGAUGCAAAGUGGCACCGAACAGAAAGUUCAAGUACGAGGAAAACGUUUGGUACUGGUACAGAUAUUCCGUGGACGUGAGCACGAAUCUAGGAGGCGACAAUUCGACCGAACAUCCGUUAAAAGAGUCGACGUUGCGGUUAGACGCGGAUUUAGCGUUGCGAUUCAGCAGUCCCUGCGAGGGUAGCUUGAAGUUUCGCAACGCGAGCAUCAGCCACGAUCCGCGAAAGUACAACCCCGAAUUCCCGGAUCGUGCAGGCGCGGAAUUCAAAACGCAUCUGGAACGUUUCGCGUUGAGGUUCGCGUUCGACGACGGCCGAGUGGACGAAUUAUGCCCCGACAAACGGGAUCCGAUCUGGGCGUUGAACUUGAAGAGGGGCGUGUUGUCGAUGCUUCAGAACACGAUGCAGAGAUUCGACAUGGAUCAUCGGACGGACGAAUUGGACGUGAACGGUAUCUGCGAGACGACUUAUCGUCUGCGCGAGGCGAAACGCACCAGCUUGGUAUUAAGAAAAUCGAAACAUUUGUCCAACUGCGUUCACGGAUCGAAACACUUCUCCGUCGUUCGUUCGAACGCGUACACCAGUCCUCGAUCCAGAACUGCUCGAUCCAGGCAUCAUCCUCUUCUCGACUCUCGAAGCGAUUGCGAAUUGACCGUCGAUCGCAACGUGUACGAGAAGGUCGAAUGCAAGGAGCAGCAUCGUUUGCAACCGCUCUCGAGCGGUAAUACGGGCGCGAGAACCGAAUCGACCUCCGUUCUUCGGUUGAUUCGGAAAUCCGAAGACGAUUACUCGCAGGAGUACGAGGAAACCGAGGAGAACGAGCACGAAGAGAACAAGUACGAGCAAGGAGCGGAUCGCACGAGAAGAAGCAAUCUAUUGUACGAUUACGCGAGAACAGCGAAAACCGUGCACGGAGAAUUAAGAACUUCCAGAGACCUGUUGAAAACGAUGUGCAGGCUAGGGGUGAGCACGAACGAGCUGCAACAGCGAUUCUCCGAAACGUUCACCGCUUUCGUUCAUUCGGCUCGCCUUCUCGACUACCCUUCCUUGUCGCAGCUCUUCGUCAGAGCCAAUAGCAUCUGCAAAACCGGCAAGAAACAUAUCAUGGACGCUCUGCCGUUUAUGGGAAGCAACGCUGCCGUGAACGUAAUGCGAGAUUUGAUAAUGAAACGAUACGUCGAUCAGGCCACGAUCGAGAAGUGGAUUACGGCGUUCGCGUUGAUCCCCCGACCGAAUCAGGACACGAUCAGGAUUCUGUCGCCUCUGUUGGAGUUUCAGCGCCAAAUACCGGAAGCUCAAUUCGUUCUCAGUUAUUCCGCGACGAUUUACGCUUUCUGCUCGAAUCACGAGACGCGGUGCAACAACGUCGACCAGGUGUCACGAUUCCUUUCGUACCUCGAGCAGAGACUCGAGAAAGGUUGCGCGGCUCGAACGCAUUCUCUUUCGACGGUUAAAGAGACGCUGGAAGCUCUGAAAGCGAUCGGAAACAUGGGUUUGGAAACGGACGGUUUGUCGAACCGGUUACAAGAGUGCAUAGAGGACGCGGGAGGAUUCUUACCGAUGGAAGUUCGCGUGGCGAGCAUCGACGCCCAUCGUAGAAUGCCGUCUUGCGAGAAAACGCGUGAUCUCUAUUUCCUAAAUUACUAUCGGAACUUUAGCCUGGACACGGAAAUACGUAUCGCGUCUUAUUUACAAGCGAUGCGCUGUCCCGAUUACAACGUUAUUAAAACGAUCAAACACACUUUGAAAUUGGAAGAAAUCAAUCAAGUCGGAACGUUCGUUUGGAGCCACCUGACCAAUCUCUACGAAUCCGCUUCGCCGACCAACAUCGAGAUUCAGAGCCUUCUCACCGACAGAGAUCUGGACGAUAAGUUUAACAAAGAUCGAAGAAAAUUUUCACGAAACUAUGACGGGUCUUUCUUUUCGGAGGAGUAUAAUUUUGGCGGCAAUUAUCAAGGAAAUCUAAUCUUUUCAAGCAAGUCGUACAUACCGCGUACCGCGUCGUUCAAUCUGACCUUCGAUCUUUUCGGCGAAUCCGUGAACGUUUUCGAGCUCACCACGAGACUCGAGGGUCUCGAAUAUUACGCGGAAAAGUUCUUCGGUCCGGACGGGCCGUACAACAACGAGAAAAUGUCCGAUUAUUUUAAGACGCUUCUCAGGAGUUUCAGAGCAGCCCCUGAAGAGGACGAUUACUGGAAACGCGUGAAACGACUACCGAACGUGAUCGACAACAACUUUGACCAACCAAGGAUCAGUGUUGGUUACAAGAUAUUCGGGAACGAUCUAAAGUAUUCGAUGCUGAACGGCGAUCGAGAAAUUAGAGAAGCUCUGACACGUUUCAAUCCGUUGGAGAAAUUCAAGGAAAUCACUUCUGGAAAAGAAAUUCAAUACGAAAACACGCUGAUGUUUCUCGAUUUGACUUACGUGGUGCCGAUGACGUCUGGGCUACCGGUGCGGUUGGAUUUCGCUGGGUCGGCGGCGUGGGAUUUCAAGAUGUCGGGAUUACUGAACGCCAAGCCAAUAACCAGCAAAGAGAUCGAACUUGUCAGCAAUAUUGCACCUAGCAUGAGCGUCGACGCGAUCGGCAGCAUGACCGUGGAUGCCUUCUACAAAACUGCUGGAACGAAACUACGAACAAACGUGUAUUCGUCCGGGGCGGUAGAAAUUCGCUUGGAUGUAAAAGGGUUACGCUCGAUCCGAUUGAGUUUGGGCCUACCAAAUAAAAAGAUGGAGGUGUUCUCGAUCGGUACGGAUAUCCUUUUAACCAAAGGCAACGGAGCGGAAUUGGAGGAGAAACCGAUCGGCGUUUUGAUCACCGGUCAAAACCACGAUGACAGACGUUCACCGCGGCCAGCAACGCCGAUUCUUCGGAGCACCGUUAUCAGCAAUACCAGCUGUACCUGGGGCGCUCUCGAUAGACUCGUGGGCUUAAAAUUGUGUCUCGAUUAUCAGCUAUCGAACGUAACGAAAGAUUCGAACGCACCGUAUUUCCUCCUAAGCGGUCCUACGCUUUUCAAAGUUUCCAUGAUCAAAGCCGAUCCCACCGCCAAACACUAUUUGUUCGAAUACAAGUGGGAAAAAACAAAGGAAGAAAAUCUUUUCAAAGUCGCUUUCGAUACACCGGGAUCACAGGUGAACAGAGAAUUGAGCGCGACCGUUUCCUUCGACGUUCAAACUCACAACGUAACAGUCCUGUUACGAUCUGCCGGCAACUCUAUAGUGGCAGAAGGCACAUAUAAAAGCACGGAGAACGAAACGUUCGUGGACAUAGGUUUCGACGUAAACGGCACCAAACAUUUGGACGCUAGCUUCGGUUACGCGACCAAAAAGUUUCAGUAUGGUUACACGUACAGUCCGCAGAUGCACGUGAUCGUGAACAACGAACGGAUCGUCGCGCUUUCAGGUACGAUAAGAAGCGCCUGGAAGAACAACGUGUCCCAAUGCGACAUAGAUUUAACCUUUCGAACGAAAAAAGUCUGGAGUAAACUGGUAGGUUACAUCGUCCGCAGAAACGUAAGCUUGGCCGGCGAUUUUCAAUUGAAGUACCAGUUGCACAACAUGCCUAAGAAGGAAACGCUUCAAUUGGAGGUGUUGUUCUCGAAUCGUUCUUCGAAAACGUUGACGCACAAGACGGCCGAUUUAAAGUUACGCUCCACCGCGUAUCCCCAAUUGAACACCGUGAUAAUCGCCUGGUAUCAGCAAGCGUUGGGUCACUUGGAAUUGCACGCCGAAGUAAAUUCCAGUCCGCAUCUGAUGGACGAUCGUCACAAGCUUACCGCCAAAUUGAUACUCUCGUAUUCGAAGAUGUACUUUCAGAAUCACGACACGAAGGUAAGCGCGUUGAUCGCCGUAACAAAACCGAUUCAAAAUUUGGACAUCAAGGUCGGAAUCAGCCACUACGCGAUGGGCCCGGAAACGAAGACUAGCUUGUUGAUCGGAUACGCUCCAGGAAAAGAAAUCGUUUUAACGGUGAAUCUGAUAAUGCCGCGAGGUUUGACGUUCGCGAUGGAGGGUCACGCGAACCUGACGAUCCCGAACUUCAACUCGAUGCUACUGGACGCUCGAAUCACGGAAAGAUCGAAGCGCACUUACGAAUUAGAUUUCACGGGAACUUGGUUUAGCGGACACAAUCUGACAGCUCGUGGCACUUAUUCGGAUAGAUCGGUCGCGACCGUCGUCAGUCACAGUUUGAAGCUAAUUCUGAAAUCUCCGAGUUUCGUCAACGACGUUUUAGUGAAUUGUAAGUUCUACCGCAAUUACAGCGACGUCAGAAUCGGUCUGUACGCGGAGCAAGUGGAUCACGAUCGAUACGCGUUCAUCUUGAAUCACACGGUACUGUCACCGACCGAUUUCACGACCUACGUCGAAGGAAGAUACAAAGGCAACGUGUAUUCGGUGAUGACCGACGUGAACGUGGAACGAGAAGUUCGGAUGGAGAUACAUUUGGACAAGUGGAGAGACGUACAUCUGGCGCUGAUCGGCUACAACGAAGAGAACCGAAAGGAAUUCGGAGCGGAGGUGAAAUGGGACGCGAAUCGGGAUCCCGCGUUGAAACUGGCCGUACUGUUCACGAUGGACAAAACGGUUCGCCCGGCUCUCUCGGACGAACGACCGGCCGAGAAGAAUCUGUCCGCGAUCGUCACCUUUACUUACCCCGGUCGUUUAAUAGCCGCCUCGUGUCGCGUGACGACUCGCGGAUAUUACGAUUACGCGGUCGACGCUGCGAUCGAUUGGAAUCCGGAGGACGCGAUAGGGCUAUUCGUCGCGACCAAAUACAACGCGAAAGCAUGGACGAAAUUGAUGAGCGUGGAGUCUCGACUGACAACGCCGUUCGAGAAUUGGAAGAAAACGGCUCUAAGCGCCAAGUAUCUGCAGGAUGAAAACUGGGUGAAGUUGAGCGGUAGCGCUAAUUGGAAGGAUUCGCAAUGGUUGAUCGCGGAAUUGGAGGGUAGCGCGAAACGACGCGAGAAAAUUCGUGAAUGGAAAGCGAAUUGCGGAAUAACCAGUACCGUGCGUUCCGUCUCCUCGGUCGUCUUCAAUGUCACCCAUCGCCUGCUCGAUUCGCAAAUGGCGGAUACUCGUUUACUGGUCAAAUACAAUCCGGACAAAGUGAUCGACGCUUGGAGCAUUUGGUACCUGGACAAGGAGUCGGACAACGUUUUCAACUUGACCGGUAAUCUGCAUCUCGAAUCACCGGUAACCAGUUACAGAAGAAGCGAUAUGAAAUGUCAGCUACAGAUCUUACCGGAUUGGAAAUUCUUGGGAGCGGCCAAUUUCGAUCUCGACAAGAGAACUUACACGGCUAAAUUGAUCGGCGAUAUUCGACGUUUCAAGGAAUCCAUGGUUCAGUUCAACAUUACCACCCCUUUAGAGAAAUUCUCUUUCGUUCGCGGACGAUUCGGUUUGUCGGAGAAAGAGAGACACGCGGUUGCCGAGGUGGUCACACCGACCGGCCCUCUGGGUUUCGAAGCGCUCUGCCAGUUCUUCACGCCAGACUACGAUUUCAACGUUCGAUUGUCGCUCGCGACGCCGAUAGAAGCGCUUCGUAGAUCCCUUCUCGUUGCCAAGUUGAGCGGUCGAGAGGCAGAUUUUCGAGUCGCUUACAACGAUAUAGUGGCCGGUUUCCAGGGUGUUUGGCGCUAUGGUAAUAUCACCGAUUUUCAUUACAGUUACUUGUUGUUCACGCCUCUUCACGGAUUCGAGGAAAACGGAGUCGUCGCAAAGUUGAUCGUUACGUACACGGAGAAUGGCCACCUGGACGUCGAUACCGAAUUCUUGAUAAAUUUCGCUGAAACGAGACUCGGCGUCAGAGCAAAAGGUGGACCGAAACCACCGCCGGUCUCUAUACCGAUCCAACCUUCGAUCGGGAUCGCGAGCGCAUUGGGACGAGACAAAGAGGAGGGUGAAGAAGAAGAAGAAGAAGAAGAAGAGCAAAAUAAUCUUUACUGGCACGGGGAGAUCGAAGUUUACCCGAUAAUCUUCGAAAGCGUGACGGGAGAACUGGACGUGGACAACGACGGACCGACGUAUAAGAUUUUAGCCGUUUUGCAAUAUUUUCAGGGAAAAAUUGUAUUGGACGACACGUUCUGUAUCGAGGACUUAUUCAACCUGAAGAACGAGCUCUCGAUCAUCGUUCCUUUCGAAACCGUCAACGAGAUCAACUGUUUGAACUCGUUCAACGUAGACAUGGAAAAGUCCAGCUAUACGAUGCAAAUAGCCGUAAACGUGAGACGAAACGCGACGUGGUACGAAACAGGAGUGAACGCGAAUUACGUUUACUCCGAGAACGAUAUGGACGAUUCGCAAACGCACAAGUUACGAUUAAACUUUAACACUCCUAUGGAGUUUCUACGAUUUCUCGACACGAACAUCAGCCUGGACGCGGAAGAGAACUUUUACAAGAUCAAGAUCGGUAUUCGCGCGCCGAACAGUUCGAUCGAUCUGUCCGGAUCUUUCGAGAACGAAAUGUCUCUCGAUUCGAUGUUGGUGGUCGAGAUCGAUACGCCGAUGUUGAAACUGCCCGAAUCGACGUUCGCCGUUAAGCGAGACCUGACGGAGAAGGAAAAAUAUCUAAAGAUAAGCGGCGAAAUCGCCGAACCCGUCUCGAAGUCGUUCUCCCUUCAAUCGGAAUGGUACGCGGACGAAGAUCGCGUCACCGCUUUUCUCGCUUUAACGUCUUGGAUCGAAACGCUGAAAAGCAUCGAAGCUGACGUGUCUCUCUCGAACGCGGUACCGACCAACGAUACCGCGAGCUUAACCGUCCGCGUGAAAUACUUGAUCGAUCGAGAGUACAAGCUACUCGGAAACUAUAGUGCCGGUGCGAUUCACGCUAGGCUUUAUACGCCGUUCGUGAACGGUAAAGAACCGCGCUUCGAGUUCCGAGGUAGCGCGAGUAAAACGAACGAGACCGCUUACGAUUUGAACGGGAAUUUAUCGGACUUUGCAAGCGCGAAAACGCAUCUUGUUUCCGGUACGUUCCUUCUACGAAACGGCUCGUUGCACGACCUCGCGAUGAUCGCGCGACCAACGACGAGCAACGACCCACAAGAUCGUUUGGUCGUGAAGCUGAAGAGGGAAACGUACAGCCUGAGCGUGUCCUUGGAUGGUCGCGAUGGAAACGGAACGAUCGACGCAAACUUUAUAAACUAUUUCAAUUGGGAUGCCAGAGCUCGCGCGGAGAUUCGAAACGAAUCGGGCAUCAGAGAACGUUUCUUGUUUAGCACUUUCGCGAACGUUCAGGUAAACGGUAAUACCACUUUGUACGUACACGCGGAAACACCCUUCGAGGAUAUAAAAAAUCUUAGCUUUACCGGAAACAUCUUACUGACAAACCAGAGCGGUGACGUUCGAGCGAAUGGUCGUUUGAACGAGGACACUCGAUACGCCGCUCUUCAAUGGCGUUUGAUUUACAUGAUGGACAUGUUCGGAAGGCUGAUCGUCGGCUACCAACCGUUAAACGAUCUCGAGUCGAAACUGAUCGAUACUCGAAUAUUCUUCAGAAAUCCGCGGCGAGCGUUCAGAAACAUCGACACUGGCUUCGACUUGGACGUGGAUCGCGAGAAAUGGAAAUUCGCGGCAAACGCCACUCUCGGUUUUCGUAAUCACGAGAACAUCGACGGAGUGUUCGUGGUCAAGCUGCCGCCUCCCUACGACGACGACCAUCGUCUGUUGAUCAGCUAUCACGCUAACGGAGGACUCAAGGAUGCGUCGUACGUGAUCGGUUACAAUGCCGUAAAGGCUAAUACCAACUACGCUUCCGACGGUUCGAUCCAUACGGGCACUCGAAACAUCGACGGGCACCUUCGCGUCUCUUGGGGGAUGCUACCCGUUCAGGCUGUCAAUAAUCUGUUGAACGUCAGCUUCGACGACAAGGAGAUCCAGUUCAAGUAUUCGUUGUACACUCCGAAGUUUCAACAGCAAGAAACUUUGGUGUUCCUGCUCGAUUACGAUGCCAAGCACGACGCGAUCAGACGUUCGAUAAACGCCAACGUCCACUAUCCAGCUAGCACGAAUUUCGCUUCGGCGAAUAUAUCUUACGAGAGUCUGUCGAACGUGAACGGAACCGUGAACGCCGUCUUACCUUUCGCGAAUAUUUCGCGACUCGGAUGUCAAUUCGUCGUACUCACCACUCUGCAACGAAACAAGAAGUACGCAAAGAUUUUCUGGUCGAAAAACACGGCGAUAGUAGACUCGGAUUACACGUAUCGCAGCGAGAAACUAAAUUCCGAUCUCGAAGGAAUCUUCCACGCGGAGAUACCGCUGAACACGCGUCAUGUCGGUCAUCUGACGUACGGUUACAAGAAACGACCCCAAGUAACCACCGGUUACUCCGUGCUGACGUAUAACGAGCAAAAGGUUCUGCACGGUCGGUACGACUCCAAGAGCGAAUCCAGGGCCGGCUUCGAGAAGGAUCGGGUGCAAAUUACGAUCGAAAACGUCUACAAACCUAUAGGUAUUCUCUACGUGAAUCAGUACGAGUACAGCGCAGGUAACCAAGGUACAAACUAUCCGACCGUCGAAUUUAAGCACGUGAACCUCUAUCGACUGGACAAUAGAACAGCGUUCAACGUGGCCGGUGAAUCGAGAAUCAGGACGACGCAUACCGGUCAAAAUAUCCAUCUGAAAGCGAUACAUUCGAACAGAACGGUGCAACUGAAAACCGAUUAUCAGGUUCUACCCGGCGAGUUCGAUCAAAACAGCUGGUUGAGCUUGGCCGAAGACGUAUGGAUAUCUUAUCGCGUGAACAUCUUAAACAAAACGACGGAAGACGUGGACAAUCAGUUUCUGGUGGUGAGCGUAUCCUACCCUCGACGGAACUUUACUCUCGACGGUUCGUAUUGGAUCAGUAGCGACGAGCUCAGAUCGGAGGCGAAGCUAGACUGGGAUAGAGAUACCAGCCUGCCGAGAACCGUCGGAGCGCAGUUCAAUUGGGUAAACCUAUCCUCGAACGUCGACACGAACGUGCGACAACGAGCCGUUUUCGCUUUGAGACAUCCAACUUUCUCGCAACGGGUCUUCCUAAAAGGCGAGCUACUCAAAAAUAACCCGAAAGAUCUGUUGAACGUUCUUCUCACCGCUGACUAUUCCGGCGAUCCCGACAAACAUUUUUCGUUGUCCGCGACGCUCAGGGACGAGAGCAACUUACCCUCUAUCAGAAGAUACGUUUACGAAAUAACGGGAAAACAUCCGAGCACCAGAUUCGAUCUCGACCUUCGAGGAUUCUUACACAAACGCGAAAGAGUUUUGUUCGAGACCGUGAACACCGGUCUCUAUAAACGCGGUUUUCUAACCAGCGACUCCGGAAAGUUCGAUGCGCGUUUGGAUCUUGCUCGCGAUCGACUCUUUUUCCACCGAGAAUACAACGAUGCCGUGAAACGAUUGAACGUUCAAUAUCGGUCGAUCGAGCAACGAUACAUCGUGAACGGCAGCGUAGUCGACACUCCGAAUCUGAACGCUACCGGUAUUUUCCUUCUCGACCCGACCGACAAGUUAAUUAGGAUGACGCUCAAUUACACUCCGGACGGCGUAGAAAGCUUAAGGAUGUACGGAAACAUCCCCGAUGCUCGUAAUGCCAUAUUCAACGUUUGGAGGACAUACGAGGAAGAUUUUUUCGUAUCCGACAUUUCCUUUUACUUGAAACUCAACCAUUCUAGACUGAUCACUUCCACGCUGCACUGGCGACCCGAACUCAGGAGCGACAUUAUCACUGGAGUAAAGAAAGCUGCGAUGGACGCGUACGACUCUGCGAACAACGACAUCGACAACUGGAAGCAGUACGUCAAAAGCGAAACGGUCAACGUGAUUUCCGACGUGUGGAGCGACGCUCAAGAAGAUCUUGCAGAAUUUCUCGACGAUUGGAAUAAUCUGAAGGAGCUGCAGAAGGACUUGGACGAAUUGAAAAUCUAUCUGAACGAUUCUUACAACGCGAACGACUUUUAUAUCAAGGACAUGGUCGCUCUAGGUUUAUACGUGAUCGACGAGCUCUCGCUACGAAGUCAUAUACAGUCUUUGCCAAACAUCGUGAACGAGAUAUGGGAGAUAAUGGGCGAAUCGGGCGAAGCGAUCAGAAACUCGUUGCUUUGGUUAAUCGAAACCAUCAAGAACGCGUUAAAUAAAGUUUCCGAGAUCAUCGCUGCUAUUUUAAGAGGCGAUUCGAUCUCCCAAGUGGCGAAUAUAAUCGAGAAGCUUGUAGAGAAAUACGACAAAUUCGUGAAAGACCUACACGUGUCGUUCAUCAAGUACAUCGAAAAUCUUUGGGGAAAGAUAUCUCAGUCGAUUUCGAGGCAAUGGCAUCGAUUCUUAUUAACGAUCGAACCGCUUUUCAUUCGUUUGAUUCACUAUUUGGAAACCGUGGUCUGGAAGGCGAGCAAAGAGGUGGUAGAUUUCCUCUACGAUCGCCGAAACGACCUGAUCGCGUCUCCUUACUUCGACCGUUUCACUAAUUUCACGCAGGACAUCGACAAGCUCUAUCGAGACAUCAAAAGUAACGAUAUCGUAACCAAUAUUCAAAAGUAUACCGGCUUGAUAAUACGGUUUCUGAAGGAAAAGUACUUCGCUUUCGUUCCGUUCGGUAAAGAACUGCAGGACGUCGUCGACGAGAUUAUUACCGAAUUGAAAGAACUGCAAAAAUUACCGUCUAUACGGUACGCUUUGGAAAAGAUGCAACAAGUGUACGGUAGAGUUUACUACGUUUACGAGUAUCUCGAGGUACAAGCAAAAAUAGAAAACGCUCUUCGAUUAAUUCAUUCGAAAUUAAUGGAAGCGAGCCAAACCGCCUUACAGGCUGAAAGUCGCUACAGAGAAGCCAAAACGGAGUUCGUGUUCGAUCCCAACCAAGGGUUGAUGCGUCUCGAACAAAAGCUUCCGAUGUCUUGGCACGCUUUCAAUCAGAUUCCGGAAUUUCACGAGAUUCCCGAAUUCAGAGCUGUCGCCGACCUCAAAUGGUACUUUGCUUCCUCGAAUCUGACCUUCUGGAGCGUGUACCGAUAUAAGCCUUAUAUGGAUCCGUUUAACUGGUUCCCUCCGUUCAAAGCGUACGCGACGAUCGUUGGCUCCCGAUACUUCACCACCUUCGACGGCCGACACUUGGAAUUUACCGGGCCCUGUACUUACUUGUUGGCUCGAGAUUUCGUACAAAACACGUUCACCGUUCUCAUCGAGUUUCAUCCGCGAUCCGAUCGCGUCACUCACAAGAUCAUCGUGUUGCUCGACCAAGAUGCUCUCGAGCUCGAUUACUUCAACGACAGCAUUAAACUGAUCUCGAGACGGUCGUCGAAGCAAGCGAACGAUCUGCAGCUUCCCAUCGGACUAGAGAACGGGACCACGCACGUCUAUCAGACGGAAAGCGUAGUCAUCGUGGAGCGAAAACAAAACCAAUUACGACUCGAGUGUAAUCUAAAGUUUGAUAUGUGCACGCUCGAAUUAUCCGGUUGGUAUCAUGGAAAAACUGCUGGCAUUCUUGGUACCAUGAACUACGAACCGAUGGACGAUACCACGUUGUCGAGCGGAAUCGUAACGACGGACGUAAGGAAAUUCGCCGAUAGCUGGUCGAUCGAUCGACUAAACUCGAGCCGUUGCUCUUCGAACGCUUUCGAUUCCACGCCGACCACGAAACCGGAACAAGAUCCGAUCGUUCCGGAUUUUUGUACCGAUCUGUUCGUAAACAAAAGUUCCGAAUUCGUUUCUUGCUUCGACGUGAUCGAACCGGCGGAAUAUUUCAAAAUGUGCGUCCAGAGCGCGAUCAAGUCCGAGGCUUGUACGAUAGCGCUCGCUUAUAUGCAAGCGUGCACGUUCCACGACACCUAUCUCAGAAUUCCGGAUGCGUGUACCAGUUGUAGCAUGUUCGACGGUAGUCAGGUGGCCGAAGGCGAGUUUAGAAGGUUGGAAGGUGAACGCGUACCAAAGUCGACCGACGUGGUCUUUAUCGUCGAAGGGAAAGAAUGCAAUCGCGGCGUGAAAGAAAAUCGUAGCAUCGAGCACUUGGUCGCUCAAUUGAACAAAGAAUUUCGAGAUCAAGGUUUGACCGACAACCGAUGGUCUCUGGUCGUCUUUGGGGCUGACGGAGUACUCGAUCGUCCGAGAAGCGUCGUUUUCGACGGGCAAAUUUUCACGAAAAACGCGGUGCGAUUCGUCGAUUAUUUCGAUCGCGUGCCCGUCGGCGACGGAAACAGAGACAUUUUUGCGGCGAUCGCGUUCGCCUCGAAACUCGUUUUCAGAGCCGGCGUUUCAAAAACGUUCAUUCUGAUGCCUUGCUCGCAUUGCGAGCCAGAAAACCAGACGUUGGACUAUUCUGUGCUUCAUGAAGUUUUAUUAGAACACGACAUCACGCUUCACAUACUGAUGGACGGUGAUUUCGAGUCCGAGAAAGAACGCCUCAACAAGAUGUUGUACGGUCUAGAUGCAUCGAAAUCGUACACGAAAAAGGACGCGAGAACAUUGGUCGGCGACGUCGAUCUAAGGCGACAGAUGAAACUUUCCAAGAGCGCGCUCGGUUAUUGUACACCAUUGUCCCUGGAGAUUAAUGGAACUAUAUUUAGCGGUGACAAAUUACGAUUCGACAAGUUAGCCUCCAUCAAAAAGUUUGCCAGCGUUUUCUCCAAGAGGGUAGCAUUGACCGCGCAACCGAAUCCUUGUCAAAAUUGCGAAUGCACCGCGGACAAUAACGGGGUCACGCGAAUGGAAUGUAUACCUUGCGUGUACCCGACACCAAUUUCCGUCGAUUACGAAACGUUCAAUCUAAACGAUUCACUCGCCUCUCUACAGCCGCUAAACAUGGACUAUGGACAAAUCGAUAUCGAUGACAGCUGAAACACCGACACAAUAACGUAUCUUUGCAUCGUGUUCGCAGCGUACGAUCCUGAUCGACGGGCAUGCAUUCGUCUCCGUUGACAACGAGCAAUUAACAUUUAUCGUAAUCUAUCGUUUAUCUCGUAAAUUAUGUUACGUAUAUCAAAAGAAUUUCGCGUGUCUGUAAAAUAGCAUCGAAAAUCUCAAUCCUUCGAGUACAAGCGAGUGAUUCGACGUGAACAUUAUUUAUACGCAUAGAUAAGAAAGAGACAGUCUCGUUUAUUGUAAUCGACGACGCUACACACGUUUCGUGUACAGGUUUUCAAUUAGAAAAUCAGAGUCGACGAAUGGGAGAGAACAAUAUGCCGUUGUUGUUCUUUGCCCGAAAAUUAAACAGUAUCGAGCAAAUAAUCAUAAUUUCUAUCAUAUGUCGAACGUAACUUAUAUAUUGUUACGAAUAACGCGUAUAUUCGUUCAUUUCUUUUUUAUACAGAUUUUUAUUGGUCCUUCCUGAAGUACCAAUUGCCAGCAGGUAUACCUAUCACGUCAGUACAGUGCCAUCCGCUCGAGCGUUAUCCAAAUCGUUAACAAUUAAUAAAAUAUCGUAUGAUUUAACCAUUUGGUAAGAUUACUUUAAAAUAACUAAGAAUAUUUACCGUAUUAAUUUUUCUUCGAGUCGUUUCAAGAUCUUUUCGCGUUAUAUCUUUUAUGGCAUUUAUAUCAUUUGACACGAGAUUCUAAACUCUGCGCAACGAUCUGCUCCUUCCCUUUACCACUUAAGAACGUUACCAUACCAUUAGUCGAUGCAAACAGAAAUAACAUUAAUUCGUAAAUAUAUUUCUACGAAGCACGGACAAAAUAACAAAAGUGUGUAAUAUUCUCCUCUAUAAAUUCCGUUUGCGAGAAUCGAACGAGUGAUUAUUUAAAAGAAGAA